GCACACGCCCUCUCCUAAAACCAAGGAACCCAACCCCACAAAAAAGCGUAGGACGCCGGAGUGCGAAAUCCUUAUCCGCUCGCGGCGACGCCAUGGCCGCCGCCGCGGUGGUCCACCUCUCCGUGCACGGCCGCCUCCGCCGCUCGCCGGAGCUCCACGCCCGGCCAUACCACCGCCCGUCGCUGCUCCGGUGCCGCGCGUUCAAGCAGGAGGCCGAUAACGGCGGGGAGGAGGCUUCGUCGUCGCCGCCGCCGCCGACGACGGCCGAGGCGCGGAGGCGCAGGAAGGGCCCGCUGUACAAGCUGAAGGCGGCGAUUCAGGGGCUCGCCGGGUCGCGGUCGGCGGCCGCGGAGGCGUACGGGGGCGAGUACCAGCGCGCCGUCGAGAAGGCCGAGGAGAUCUUCUUCUCGGUUGCUACGCAAGUAGGCCGAUAUGUUAUCACUAUGAUGAGCAGCGGUGUUGUACUUGGAGUUGGAUUUCAGUUAUCAGGCGGAGACAGCCAAAUGAAUACACUAAUUUGGUAUAGUUGGCUCGGGGGAGUAAUUAUUGGCACGAUGAUAGGUGCAAACAGUGUCCUAGAGGAACACUGCAAAGCUGGACCUCGCAAUGUUGUCAUAACUGGAAGCACAAGAGGAUUAGGGAAAGCACUUGCUCGGGAGUUCCUUCUUUCUGGAGAUCGUGUUGUAAUUGCUUCACGCAGCCCUGAAUCAGUCCUUCAGACCAUCAACGAGCUUGAAGAGAACAUACAGGAGGGCUUGUCAGUUGCGAAAAAGAAACAGAGAGAAAUUUUGCUACAUGCCAAGGUUGUUGGUACAUCAUGUGAUGUUUGUAAACCAGAAGAUGUGAAAAAGUUGGUGAACUUUGCCAAGGAUGAGCUUGGAUCAAUUGAUAUUUGGAUAAAUAACGCUGGCACAAACAAAGGUUUUAGGCCACUGGUAAACUUUUCAGAUGAAGAUAUUUCUCAGAUUGUCUCAACAAACCUAGUUGGCUCUUUACUGUGCACCAGAGAAGCCAUGAAUGUCAUGCAACACCAACAAAAGGGAGGUCACGUAUUUAACAUGGAUGGAGCAGGUUCUGGAGGAUCAAGUACACCAUUAACAGCUGUUUAUGGUUCAACUAAGUGUGGCCUUAGACAGUUUCAAGCAUCACUUCUGAAGGAAAGCAGAAGAUCAAAAGUUGGUGUACACACUGCUUCUCCUGGAAUGGUCCUUACGGACCUCCUUUUGAGCGGUUCUUCUCUGAGAAAUAAACAGAUGUUCAAUUUAAUAUGUGAGCUUCCAGAAACAGUUGCAAGGACAUUGGUUCCGAGGAUGCGAGUUGUGAAAGGAAGUGGAAAGGCGAUAAACUACUUGACACCACCAAGGAUCUUGCUUGCCUUGGUUACUGCAUGGGUUCGCCGAGGCCGAUGGUUUGAUGAAGAGGGAAGAGCAGUAUAUGCAGCAGAGGCUGAUAGAAUCCGUAAUUGGGCUGAAAGUCGAGCACGCUUCUCUUUCACAGAUGCCAUGGAGAUGUACACAGAAAACACAUGGGUUUCUGUGUUCUCGCUCUCUGUCGUCUGCGCAUUCAUAAUUCUUUCCAGCUCAGGUGGACCUCUUCCAGGCACAUGAUCCCAGGAGUUGCCAAACUAGAUGGCUACACACACCAUUUUUCUUCAGUACGGGGAUUCUAUUAUGUACUGAUAUAUGACACACGAAACUUAUGAAGGGGGGAAAUUGAACCCAGAAAGCUUACUGCGUACAUACGCCCAACGGUGAGAAGCAUCAGCUGCCACUCACCAUUUAAGGUCAAGCUAACCAUGUGCUCAGUAAAAAUGGGUAAAUAGCAUUUGUUGUGUGGGCAUUCCACUGUUUGUAAGCUGACUUGUAAAAACGUGUAUCUGAGCUAAACUGAGCACGAACAGAUUCGAUGGACAAUGUUAUCUGCUGUACAUGCAUGUAGUAAUGUAGUUUUGAUGACUGUAAUUCUCUGGUCGUCGCUUCCAGUUGCACGGUUGCACCGUAUGUUGCAACCACCAAUAGAACUGAAAGUAAGUGAGAGUAAUCAAGCCAGCAUCUGCUAUGUAUAUAUAUGACUCAUCAGUCUGUUAUAUAUCACAAGGAAAGCUUCUUCAAAGCUAAAAGCAAAGCUAUCAGUAAGACAGUAA